UGAUCAUUCGAGGUAUUUUACGCCGAGCGAGCCUGCGUGUAGCGUCAGACGAAUGUCGGAUUGAUUGGCCGAAAAGGCAAUUCCGUUCCCAAGUUUUGCGCGGCCGUGGGCGCGGAAAGAAUGUCCCGGAAGGGCAAAAAAGCGCCCGCUAUCUCUGAACAGAUCCCGCUAUAUAUAACGGCAAAUCUUUUGGCAUAAGUAAACGAACAAGUUCAUUUGAAUCAACACUAAGACCACUAAAUAUGUCUACAACCGGAAAAACCAUCACAUGUAAAGCAGCCGUUGCUUGGGAAGCAGGCAAGCCUUUGUCCAUCGAGGAGAUCACCGUGGACCCACCAAAGGCUCACGAAGUCAGAAUCAAGAUUACGGAUACCGGUGUCUGCCACACCGAUGCUUACACUUUGUCUGGCGUGGACCCAGAGGGUGCAUUCCCAGCUAUUUUGGGCCAUGAGGGUGGAGGAAUCGUGGAAUCUGUCGGUGAAGGCGUGACCAAUGUGAAGGUUGGCGACCACGUCAUUGCUCUCUACACAGCCGAAUGCAAAGAAUGCAAAUUCUGCAAGUCUGGCAAGACCAACUUGUGUGGCGCCGUGAGAGAGACCCAAGGAAAAGGUGUAAUGCCGGACGGAACCUCGAGAUUCAAGUGCAACGGAAAGGAACUCUUCCACUUUAUGGGCUGCUCCACAUUUUCGCAAUACACUGUUGUUGCCGAUGUUUCCGUGGUGGCUAUCAACGAGAAGGCUCCACUUGAGAGUGUCUGUUUGUUGGCGUGUGGUGUUACCACUGGCUACGGUGCUGCCACUGUGACUGCCAAUGUUCAGGAAGGCGAUACUGUUGCUGUUUUUGGUGCGGGUUGUGUUGGCUUGUCUGUCAUCCAGGGUGCUGCAUCCAGAAAGGCCAAGAAGAUCAUUGUUGUUGACAUCAACAACAGCAAGAAGGAAUGGGCUGAGAAGUUUGGUGCAACCGACUUCGUGAACCCCAAGGAGUUGCCCGAGGGCACCACCAUUGUACAAAAGUUGAUCGAGAUGACUGACGGCGGAUGUGACUUCACUUUCGACUGCACUGGUAUCGUCGAGAUCAUGAGACAAGCUUUGGAGGCAUGCCACAAGGGCUGGGGUCAAUCGAUCAUCAUCGGUGUUGCUGCUGCCGGCAAGGAGAUCUCGACGAGACCUUUCCAAUUGGUGACCGGAAGAGUCUGGAAGGGUUCUGCUUUUGGAGGUGUCAAGGGUAGAACUCAAUUGCCAGGUAUGGUUGAGGACUACAUGAACGGCAAGUUGAUGGUUGACGAGUUCAUCACUCACAGACAUACCUUGGACAAGAUCAACACUGCCUUUGACGACAUGCACGACGGCAACUGUGUCAGGGCUGUCAUCAACAUGUGACUCGCACGGGCAAAACUUUAACUGAUAACUACAUGGGAAUUAUGAGAAUAGCGUAUAUAUGAAACUUUAUUCAAACCGCAGGGGUGCUUGGUAUUACAUAUCAACGCGAAGUGGGCCCUUGGUGUCUUUGUUGUACACGCAAGACUGCAAACUCAUCGGAUUAUUGGUUACUGUUGAAUGGGAAGACAUGGCAUCCCAAACAGUCGAAAGCCGUGUUUGCUCACGGGCUUUUACAAAUAGAAUGCUCGGGCUGCGCGAGAAAUAAGUACUAUAGUAAUGAUGCUCUC